UUGGUGCUGUUGCGCGUUUCUGUGCGUGUGUGCGUGUGUGCAGUGUAAUUUACUCAACAUGCAUUAUCAUAAACGCAGGAAUUACUCCCGGGCUGCAGUAAUAUCCUAACUUUAAAAACAUGGCAGAUUUGAGGCGGAGGUGAGACGGAGUACUGCUCGCCCUGCUGCCUGCUCAGUCGUCAGAUUGAUCCGUUUAUUCGUGGAGAUCCUUUGGGAUCGAUUAACAUUGGGAUCAUGACAACCGCACAGGAUGAGAGUUCUGUCCGUGUGGCACUGAGGAUCCGUCCUCAGCUGGCACGGGAGAAGAUAGAGGGAUGUCACAUUUGUACAUUUGUUACCCCUGGAGAGCCCCAGGUAAUUCUGGGAAAGGAUAAGGCCUUUACAUUCGACUAUGUCUUUGACAUGGACACCCAGCAAGACACCAUUUAUGCUAACUGCACCGAGAAGCUUAUAGAUGGCUGCUUCGAGGGAUUCAAUGCCACUAUUUUUGCUUAUGGACAGACUGGAUCUGGAAAGACAUACACAAUGGGCACAGGCUUUGAUGUGAGCAUAUCGGACGAGGAACUGGGCAUCAUUCCACGGGCAGUCAGUCACCUCUUCAAGGGCAUCGAGCAGAGACAGCAGGCUGCUACUGAACAAGGACAUCCAGUGCCCGAGUUUAAGGUCAACGCCCAGUUCCUGGAGUUAUAUAAUGAGGAGGUUCUAGAUCUGUUUGACUCCAUACGGGAUAUGGAGUCCCGGAAGCAGAAAUCUCAUAUUAAGAUCCAUGAAGAUGCCACGGGUGGUAUUUAUACUGUAGGAGUGACCACACGUACUGUAUCUUCAGAGGCUGAAAUGAUGCAGUGUUUAAAGCUGGGUGCUCUCUCAAGAACCACAGCCAGCACACAAAUGAACGUACAGAGCUCUCGCUCUCAUGCCAUCUUCACCAUCCACCUGUGCCAAGUGCGCGUGUGUACACCUUCGGAUAACAUGGAGAACGAGACUGAUAACCGACUGGCCAAUGGCUCGUCCGACAUGGAUGAGUUUGAGACGUUAACAGCCAAGUUUCACUUUGUUGAUCUGGCGGGAUCGGAGCGACUGAAGAGAACAGGAGCCACUGGGGACAGAGCCAAAGAGGGCAUUUCCAUUAACUGUGGACUGUUGGCACUGGGCAAUGUCAUCAGUGCCUUAGGAGACAGAAGUAAGCGAUCAAGGCAUGUGCCUUACAGAGACUCCAAACUUACUCGCCUCCUCCAGGAUUCUUUAGGUGGCAACAGCCAAACAGUGAUGAUUGCCUGCAUAAGCCCAUCAGACCGGGACUUCAUGGAGACCCUAAACACACUGAAGUACGCUAACCGAGCGCGUAACAUUAAAAACAAAGUGAUGGUGAACCAGGACAAAGCCAGCCAGCAGAUCAGUGCUCUGAGGACGGAGAUUGCACGACUGCAGAUGGAACUUAUGGAGUACCGGACGGGAAAGCGUAUGGUUGGUGAGGACGGGAUGGAGAGCAUCAAUGACAUGUAUCACGAGAACUCCAUGCUGCAGACAGAGAAUCAGAACCUUCGUGUACGUGUCAAAGCCAUGCAGGAGACCAUCGAUGCCCAGCGAGCUCGUCUAACUCAGCUCCUCAGUGAUCAAGCCAACCACACUCUCGCUAAAGCUGGUGAAGGCAGUGAGGAAAUUGGGAAUAUGAUACAGAGCUACAUCAAGGAGAUUGAAGAAUUAAGAGCAAAACUGUUGGAAAGUGAGGCAGUGAAUGAGAACCUGAGGAAGAAUCUGUCCAGAGCAUCCACUCGCUCAACUUUCUAUGGAGGCGCUACUGCUUUCUCUCUUGGCCCCGACCCGUCUCAGGAGACGUCUGACAUACUUGAGCUGGCGAAAAAAAAUCUGGAGAAACUGAAAAGGAGAGAGAAGAAGAAAAAGAGGAGGUUCCAGCAGCUACUGGAGGAUAGGAGAGUGGAGGAGGAAGAGGAGAUGGAUGUGGAGGAAGACAGUGCUGUUAAGGAGGAAAGCCCUGAUAAUGACAAUGAAAAGGGAAAUGAGAGAGAGCAGCCUGAGCCAUUCAAAGAGGAGGCAGAUAUGGAGGCUCAAGAAGGCAGUGAUCAUGAGGAUGCUGAUGAGGAAGAGGAAGAUGAUGAAGAGGAGGAUAUAGAUGCUGAUGAAAGCUCUGAUGACUCUGACUCUGAGUUGGAUGAGAAAGAAAACUUUCAGGCAGACCUGGCCAACAUUACAUGUGAGAUAGCCAUUAAGCAGAAGCUCAUAGAUGAACUAGAAAACAGCCAGCGACGUCUGCACACACUCAAACAGCAGUAUGAACAGAAACUCAUGAUGCUGCAGAGCAAGAUCCGCAACACACAGCUGGAGAGAGACCGCGUACUUCACAACAUGGGUUCUGUGGAGUCUUGUUCUGAAGACAAGGCCAAACGAAUAAAAGCAGAAUAUGAGAAGAAACUGAGUGUGAUGAAUAAAGAACUGCAGAAGCUACAGGCCGCACAGAAAGAACACGCUCGUCUACUCAAGAACCAAUCACAGUAUGAGAAGCAGCUUAGGAAGCUCCAACAAGAGGUUGUGGAAAUGAAGAAAACCAAAGUGCGUCUGAUGAAACAAAUGAAGGAGCAGCAGGAGAAGAACCGGAUGGCAGAAACACGUAGAACCCGUGAGAUAGCCUCCCUGAAGAAGGACCAGAGGAAACAGGAGCACCAGCUAAAACUGCUUGAGGCCCAAAAGAGACAGCAGGAACUUAUACUGCGCAGAAAGACUGAGGAGGUGACAGCUCUAAGGCGGCAGGUUCGACCCAUGUCAGGUAAGGUAAACAGGAAAAACAUCCUACCUGAGGGUGUACAGGACUCCGUCUAUAGACCACCCACUGGACGUACACACACAGGCUCAGGAGCACCAAACAGAGCCAGCAGACUGUACCAUCGCAGACCUGUUGGGAUUUAUUAUACCCGUGUAGCUCGAUUAAAAUGGCAAAGUCUGGAACGGCGCAUCUCUGACAUUAUCAUGCAGCGCAUGACUAUAUCCAACAUGGAAUCAGAUAUGAACCGGCUUCUCAAGCAACGUGAGGAGCUAACACGCCGGAGGGACAAGCUAGGCAGAAAGAGGGAAAAGUUGGCCGCUGAGGGCCCUGAAGGUGAGAAGGCUGUGCAGUCUCUGAUCGAGGAACUGGAGUCCCUGCUGGCCAACAUUGAUUACAUCAAUGACAGCAUUGCUGAAUGCCAGGCCAACAUCAUGCAAAUGGAGGAGGCAAAGGAGGAAGGAGAGACGGUGGAUGUUUCUGCUGUGAUUAGCUCCUGCACUCUCUCCGAGGCUCGCUUCCUCAUGGAUCACUUCAUGACCAUGGCUAUUAAUAAGGGUUUGCAAGCAGCUCAGAAGGAGUCUCAGAUCAAGGUGAUGGAGGGUCGGCUUAAGCAGACCGAGAUAAACAGUGCCACUCAGAACCAACUGCUCUUCCAUAUGCUGAAGGAGAAAGCAGAGUUUAACCCAGAGCUGGAUGCACUGCUGGGAAAUGCUCUGCAAGAGCUAGGUAACAUUCCUGUUGAGAAUGAAGAUGACAGUAGCAGUGAUGAAUCAACACCGAGUCCUGCCGCUGAUGGAAACACGCUGGCAUCUGAUCUCCUAAAGCUCUGUGGAGAAACCAAGUCCAAGAGUAAGGCUCGUAGAAGAACUACCACACAAAUGGAGUUGCUCUAUGCCAAUAACUGUGAUUCUGGUCCUGACACACCCAGUGGAGAUUUCACCAAUCCUCUUCCUCUGAUGCCCGAAACUCCUGAAGGUGGCCCUGACCUAGAGACUGUGGGUAAUACAGUCAGGGACUACAUGAUCCCUGCUGCUGCACUGUCUACUAGGACUGGUACCAUAAACUCUGGCUCCAGACCUUCAGCAGGGUUGGAAAAGCGAGUGCCAGAAGCCUCCCCUUUGACACGCAGGAAGACCUAUGACAAGGGACAAGCAGCAGCAGACAGGGCUAAAGCCCAAGAGAUCAAACAAGGAGUGAUAAAUCCAGUGCCCAUGUCGAAGAGCAGUCGUGCUGGUACUCUGCAGUGUGUGCAUGUGGCUGAGGGCCACAGUAAAGCUGUGCUGUGUGUUGACUCUACUGAUGAUCUUCUGUUUACUGGAUCUAAAGACCGUACAUGUAAGGUGUGGAAUUUGGUCACCGGGCAGGAGAUCAUGUCUUUGGGUGGCCACCCAAACAACGUGGUGUCUGUACGCUACAGUUCCAGCCUGGUCUUCACCGUAUCCACCUCCUACAUCAAAGUGUGGGACAUCCGCGAUUCUGCCAAAUGCAUCCGCACGCUCACAUCUUCAGGUCAGGUAAGCACUGGUGAUGCAUGUGCAGCUAACACCUCUCGCACAGUGACUACACCUGCUGGAGAGAAUCAGAUCAACCAGAUCGCCCUCAACCCCACAGGCACAGUGCUGUAUGUGGCAGCCGGCAACUCCGUUCGCAUGUGGGACCUAAGAAGAUUUGUCUCUACAGGCAAACUGACGGGUCAUCUCGGCCCAGUUAUGUGUCUAACUGUGGAUCAUUCCAGCAACGGCCAAGAUCUGGUCAUCACUGGCUCUAAAGAUCACUACAUAAAGAUGUUUGAUGUAACAGAAGGAGCUCUGGGUAGCAUCAGUCCUACUUACAACUUGGAACCUCCGCACUAUGACGGCAUCGAGUCGGUGGUCGUACAGGGAGACUGCCUGUUCAGUGGAUCACGAGAUAAUGGUAUCAAGAAAUGGGACCUGGCUCGUAAAGACCUGCUGCAGCAGGUACCGAAUGCCCAUCGGGACUGGGUGUGUGCUCUGGGUGUGGUGCCAGGCUCUCCUGCACUGCUGAGCGGAUGUAGAGGAGGAGUGCUAAAACUCUGGCACACGGACACAUUGAGCUCGCUCGGAGAGCUUCGGGGACACGAGAGCCCUAUCAAUGGCAUCUCUACCAACAGCAGCUUAGUGUUUACUGCGUCUGAUGAUCGGACAGUGAAGAUCUGGCGUGCAAAAGGAGGUCUGGAAAGUACUACUGAUACUACUGACAUGCCUGAUGAGCUUGGCAGCAACUGACUAUCCUCUUGUUCCACUGAUUAUUGCAUCAGUGACCCCAUAGCUUGUUCUCUUUUUGCACUUUGACCUCAUUAAAUCAAACCCAACACCUAGUCAAUACUAAUGAAGAAUAAUUGCCUGAGGGGCAUGUAAGGAACUGGAUUCUGCUGCUUCACCAUACAGGUGCAUCUGAAAAAUAGAAUAUCAUGAAAAAAAAUAAGUUUUUGUUCAUAAUGUAAUUUAAAAAAAGGUAAACUGUCAUGCAAAUCUCCUUUUUGUAAAAGUCAG